AUGGUGAAGAAAAUCACAGGCGUUGCCUCUUUCAACGAAAGUCUCAGCGUUUCCGACAAUGUUGCGGUAAUCGUGCCGGAAGCAGGUGCACAAGUCACCUACAGGGAUCUUUCCCACAUGACAGGUCAUCUACAAACGAUGUUCCAUUCGGCAGAUUCUCCUCUGUUUGAUGUGGUGGGUCGUCAAUCUGCAAUUGCAAUUUCAAUGCCCAAUGGACUUGAGUUCAUCGCAGCUUUUCUAGCAUCGACUACGGAUGCCAAGAUUGGAGCACCUUUGAAUCCCAAUUACAGAGCUGAAGAGUUCAAUUUCUACUUGAACGAUUUGAAAGCUAAAGUGAUCUGCGUGCCUAAGGGAACAGUCAGCAAAGCGGAGAAGGCCGAGAUCGUGAAGUCUGCAGCCAAAUUCGAAUGUUUUGUAGUGGAAUUGUCAUUCAACCCUGAUCGUUUCCGGGUAGAAUACGACAUUUAUACGCACAAGGACGGCUACAAGGCCAAAGUGUACUCGUCGAUCAACAAGAGUGCUUUUGUCAACCACGACGACUCGUUUCCAGGUUUUGCGAGAUCUUCAGAUGUGGCCUUGGUGCUUCACACCAGCGGGACUACGUCUGCACCCAAGACGGUCCCUUUAUUGCAUCUCAACAUCGUGAGAAGCAUGCGGAACAUCGCCGCGACAUACAAUUUGAGCCCUGAGGACCGCUCGUACGUCGUCAUGCCGUUAUUUCAUGUGCAUGGGUUAAUUGGUGUCCUGCUUUCUUCAUUUUGGGCACAGGGAUCUGUAGUGGUACCUCCUAAAUUCAGUGCCAAGCAGUUCUGGGCCGACUUCACUGCCUGGGAGUGCAAUUGGUUCAGUUGCGUUCCUACAAUCAGCAUGAUUUUGCUUAACACGCCCAAACCGGAACCAUUGCCUAAAAUCAGGUUUAUCAGGUCGUGCUCAUCGGCGUUGGCAUCGUCCACUUUCCACAAGCUGGAACAUGCAUUCCAGGCACCUGUUCUCGAGGCCUAUGCAAUGACAGAGGCGUCGCACCAAAUGACGUCUAACAACUUGCCCCCAGGCAAAAGAAAACCGGGAACGGUUGGCCAGCCUCAAGGUGUCAAAGUGUUCAUUUUAGAUGACAAGGACAAUGUAUUGCCGCAAGGCUCGCAGGGCGAGGUCUCGAUCCGUGGCGAAAACGUCACGCUCGGCUAUGCACACAACGAGAAGGCCAACCGCGAGAACUUCACGCAACGGGAGAACUACUUCCGAACUGGUGACCAGGGCUAUUUCGAUGCAGAGGGCUUUUUGGUGCUUACAGGACGUCUGAAGGAGCUCAUCAACCGCGGAGGCGAGAAAAUUUCGCCUAUCGAGCUCGACAACGUCAUGCUUUCGAAUCCUAAAGUCGAGGAGGCCGUGUCGUUUGGCGUUUCUGACGAGAAAUACGGACAGGUGGUCAAUGCCGCCGUUGUGUUGAAACCUGGUCAGAAAUUGGACUACGCAGAACUGGCAGAAUAUAUGCGCAAAAGUGUGGCCUCAUUCAAGAUCCCCACCCGCAUUUUCUUCGUCGACAAGUUGCCCAAGACAGCUACAGGCAAGAUUCAGCGCAGGAUUAUCGCUGAGGUUUUCGCCGGAAAGAGCAAGUUGUAG